CACUUAAACAGUUAAAGGAAGGACGAGGAGAGUGGAAGAGUUAUCAACCUGAACCCGCAGAUCAUAUAUGAUUACUCAAACCUGAGAAUGUUUUUUAUUGUCUGGUUUGGAGCAGGGCUCCUGUUUUCCCUGGCUACCGGAGAAAAGACGAAUCUCCAGGUUGAUCUUGAACACUGUAAAGAUUCAGCGUACACAAAGCAUAGUAAAAAUCCUUUAGCAAGCCUGGACCAUUUUGUUCUGUGUCUCAUAACUGAACUUAAUAAGAUUCCCGACUCUGCUGAUAGAGAUCUUCCGGAAUUAAAGAACGAACUGCACGAGGUUGAAGGGAACCAGCUGUUUGAUAGAGAUUUGAAGAACCAUGUUUUCAAGAGACAGGCUGAGGAGAAGUUGGACGAUCUUAUUGCAGAGGAAUCAGAAAACUUAGAGUUUAUUGCAGAGAUACUAGAUGAGAACCAAGAAGUGGAGGAGAAAGUUGAAAAUCAAUCCCGGGGCUGGAAGAAUGGGAAAAAGAAGAACAAGGAUAAAAAGAACAAAAACAAGAAGAAGAUGAAGAUUGAAGAAAUAAUUGAGAUUGAGGAAGACGACUUUGAAGAGUAUGACGAUGAUUACGAGAAGGACGAGGAGAGAGUUGAUGAGAAGGAAGAAGAGGAGGAGGAAGAGGUUGAGGAGUCAGCUCCAGCACCUGCUCCCUUUACGAACGGUCUUCAGUUCUCCGCCUAUUCAUCUGAAUCUAGACCAGUCUAUUCUCCAGCUGAGGAAAGGAUAGAACCCGAAGAGAAUAUGUUUCUCCAGUACGGACUUGACCUUGAUGGGAAACCACAGUUUAUGGAUAAAGAAGUCAUAAACAUUCUCCUACAGAACCCACAAGCUAAGAGGGCAAUGUUGGAGUAUUUUUCUCAGGAACAAGGACGUGAUGAACCUGAAAAUGGUCUGCAGGAUGAAACUAGGGUGGAGUAUGAGCAGUAUGAGCCUGAGCGCUUCUACAAUCCUGAACCUGAAUCCAGAACUCCUGUGUUUCCAUCUGACGGCUCCGGAAACCAAAACAUGGAAUUUUUUGGUCCAAAGGAUUAUGUGCCUGAGGUUCCUCAUCUUCUGCAAGGGGGAUACCAUCCUCAACCUCCAAGCCAAAAACCUAACCAGUUUGAUUUUAACGUCAAGAAGGUUCAAGGGAAGUUGGAACCAAAACCAAGGAGAAGAAGAGAUGCUACACCUACUGCAUUAACAGGAGAAUAUGUUCCUGUUGCUGAGGAGUUGGACGGAUAUAUUCCUGUACAAGUACUCCAGGAGUCUGUAGAUAGACUGGGUCGAAGAAACCUUAAAUCUUCUUCUGUAGAAAAGAGAAUGUCUGAGGACAUAGAAUCUCAACCUGCAAUACUGAAUGAAAAAGUGAAAAAGAAGCAGAACAAUAAUAAUAAGACGACUGAGAAUGAUAAGAAUAGAUCAAAAUCUUCAAAAGGAAAGAUGACUGCGAAUAAGAAGAGAAGGGUUAACAACUGCAAGAAGUGUAAAGAUGAGAAGUUUGCUGGGGAGCAUGCAAAACUGUGCAAGGGUUGCUCUACUAAGCGAUCUAUAAACUGUAAUCUUUGCUCUAAACCAAAUUUUGCCAGAAAUAAUGCGGAUGGGUGUGCUCAAUGCUCCGAGAGCUCAGAAUCAGAGACAACCACGACCACAACAACUACCACCACAACAACGACAACCACUACUACUACUACAACUACUACUGAGAGAUAUACCGGAGUUCAACUACUAAAGAACUGCAAGCUUCCUAGCUUUAGGAAAGCGAAUAGGAAUGAUUGUACUGCAGCUCCUAAACAGUGCAAAAGUCGUCUCUACCGAGCCAGUAAUGCAGCAGAAUGUGGAUUGGAGGACGGAGAUGAAGAAUGGAUUAAUAACAAAUGUAAAACUGAAAAAUUCUUCCAGAAUAAUUAUCAGUACUGCUCUCAGCUCUGUCUCCAAUCUGAGUUUGAAACUGAAAACUCCGAAGUCUGUAAACUAGGUCCUAAGAUUACAGAUACUACACAACAAGAUAAGGAAGAUGAUGCUGAUGAGAUGAAGGAGGAGAUUGGAGAGGAUGAUGAAAGUGAAGAUGUCGUGGAUGAAGAUAGCGAGGAACCUGAAGGUUCUGCAGAUGAAGAUGAAGAGGGAUCAGGAAUAGAAGAAAGUGACGAGAAAGCGGAGAAGAAGAAAGGGCGGGGUAAUAUGGCGGCAAAAUGUAAAAAGGCUGGAUUCCGGAAGAAGAAUGCUGAAAAGUGUAGCAAAAUUGAAAAAAAUGAAAGUGAGUUGAAAGAUGUAGAUGAGACAGAAACUGGGGCCACUGAUAGAGACAGGAAAGACAAGAAGGGAAACAAGAAAAAGAACAAGAAUAAGAACAAGACAAAAGGAGAAGAAAAUGGCAAACAUAAAAACAAAAGCAAAAACAAGAACAAGGUGAAAGGAGUGAAGGGUAAGCAUAAGAACAAGGAAAAGGAUGGCAAGGUUGAAAAGAACAAGUGCAACAAACCUAAUUAUAACUCUGAGAACCCUGAUGAGUGCGCAGAGUUUAACAGAUCUGUGAACCUCGAUGAUGUUAUUGAAGAUAAAUGCAGGAAGAAAAAGUACAAGCUCAAGUACCCGGAGAGGUGUCGGCAGCAGAAUGAGGAUCCUGAGCUGAGAAUUAGAUGCAAUAAUCCCAAGUACAGAGCUGGACACCUGGAGAGAUGUGUUGAAAUUGAAUCUGAUAUUACAAAGAACUGUCACCUAGAGGAAUACAGAGAACACAAUCCUGAACAAUGUAAAGAUUGGGAAAUAAAUGACGAAGAUAAUGAGGCAGAAGAUGAUGAAGUUGACGAAGAAGCUGAUGAUGAGAAUGAGGAGAUGGAUGAAGAGAAUGUAGAACUGAAGAAAAAAGCCGAGGAUCCGGAUUGGUUGGAGCUAAAGUGCUCUAAAGAUAAGUUCCGAUCUAAACAUGCUGAUUUAUGUAAAGAGCUCUGUAAGCAGGAUAAGUUUGUAUCUCUGUAUCCUGAUCUAUGCUCCGGAGAUUCAACUCCUCAGGAACUUAUUGCGGAGGUUAUCAACGGUAUAAUGGAUAUUGUCCUGCAUGAGAAUGCAACACGUCCUAGCUCAACCUCUGUUCCUGAGAACACACCUGUAACAUCUACAACAGCUGGAACAUCAUCUACAUCAACAACUACAACACCAGAAUCUACAACAAGCUCGACUACUACCACAACAACAAUCACAACAGCUUCUACAGAACCUACAACAACUGGAACUACAACAACAACAACAUCACCCACAACCACAGCAUCUUCACCAGCCCCAACCACAACAAGCACAUCAAGUUCUCCACCAGCAAAGGUUGAGGAGACAACAACAACAUUUCAGACUCCUCCUGAGACAACUCCAACCACAGCAACCAACCAGGCGUAGUGUCCAGGUUUUAGAGUUAAGGUGAAGGAUCGGGAUUAGUUAAUUUAUGUGAUAUUUUAUGAAUCUCAAGUGUUCCAUGACACAAAAAAAAUCAAAGAAAAAUUUGUAUUGAAUCUCAAAAUAUAUGAUUUUAUUAUA